AUGGCCGGCCAGCAAGACGCUUAUGAGUUUGCAGGAGCAUGGAAUGCUGCUCCGGGAGCACCUCCGCCCCCUGGAGCUCCUGCCGGUGCGAAACCGCAGCCUACCCUGCAGGGUGCUCCUCAGACUGCUCCGGGCGCACCCCUAAGUACUGGAGUAGGAACGCUAGGAACUCCAAUAUCAGGAAAAGUAACGACUACUAAACUUACUAAAACACUCGCCGAAGCUGCCAUGAAAACCGAAAUGGUGAUUGGCGAUCGAAGGAUGUUACGAUUGAAAAUUGAAGUCUUAGUGCUGAUGAAGUGUCACGAACAAACAGAUCCAAAUUGCAAGCAGCACUUUGUCGCGUUUGUCGACAGAGGGAAGACGGAAAAAUUCAAGUUUCUGGUUAUGGGGCUUGUCUGGAAAUCAUUAGAAGACAUUCGAAAAGAUGUACUUGGACACAACUACAGUCGAUCUACGGUUAUACAGUGCAGCUUACAAACCCUGAUUGCUGUGCGAGACCUCCACGGGAUCGGCUACCUUCACAGGAAAGUCUGGAUGUAUCCGGAUAUAAAGCCGCAGAACUAUGCUUGUGGACUCGGUGAACAACAAAGCAUCAUAUACAUGCUGGAUUUUGGCAUAGCUCGAAAGUACACUGUUGGAGACACAAACGAAAUAAAAGUACCGAGAGCCAAGGUUAGCUUCCUUGGAACGAUGCGCUUUGCCUCCCGAGCAUGUCACAAAUGCAUUGAGCAAGGCCGGAAAGAUGAUUUGGAAUCGUGGAUUUUCAUGGGUGCACCAUGGGUGUUACGUGAUAACAAGCAAAUGGAGAAUCCGUGGCUUAUACCUAAGUGCUUAGCCGUUGCAUUCGAAAUGCGAAAGAAUGCUCAUUGA